GAACACCGCUGUAAUACGUUUUACCACCAGAGGGCGCAGGAGAUACAUCGGCUUUCUCCGUUUGACAGUCGCUCAUGUCCGUCGCGGCAUUUUCCCUCCUCGGGUAUCUUCGGCGGUACUCGGUUGCUAACGGUCGGUAUGUUCAAAUGUUCGGCUGCAGCUCCUCCUGAGUCUCAAGUGAAGAAAGAGCGGAGAGAAAAGAGACCCCCGGACCGGACAGAAGGAGUCUCAGAGCGGGAUGACGGUGCUGCAGGAACCUGUCCAGGCUGCAGUGUGGCAGGCUCUGAACCACUACGCCUACCUGGACGCUGUUUUCCUCGCAGAGAGGCUCUACGCUGAAGUGAGGUCAGAGGAGGCGCUUUAUCUGUUGGCCACAUGUUAUUAUCGCUCGGGGAAGCCCUACAAAGCCUACCGGCUGCUGAAGGCUCACAGUUGCUCCACGCCACAGGUUCGAUUCCUGCUGGCAAAGUGCUGCGUGGAGCUCAGCAAGCUGGCGGAAGGAGAGCAGGUUCUGAUUGGUGGUGUGCUGAACAAACAGAAGAGUCAGGAUGACAUCAUCACAGAGUUUGGAGACUCUGCCUCUUUCACGCUAUCUUUACUGGGGCACAUUUACUGUAAGACAGAUCGUGUUGCCAAAGGUGCCGAGUGUUUUCAGAGGAGUCUAACUCUCAACCCGUUCCUCUGGUCGCCUUUCCAGAACCUCUGUCACCUAGGAGAGAAACCAGACCCAGAUCAGGUGUUCAGGUUGUCCUCGCUACAGAACUGCUCCAUUGCCCCACCUCCACCAUCUGUAAGCCCUGCCCAGAACUCCUCCCAUAGAUUAGACACCGCCCUCAUGGAGACGCCACAGGACACGCUGGAGUUGAAUCGUCUGAAUCUGGAAUCGUCAAACGGAAAGCUGGCGUCUGAUUUGUCCGUCUCCUACAUCGACUCCUCCCUCAUCUCUCCAGACACCGGCUCCUUAUUGGGGAACACGGUUUCUAUGGCGUCAGCUGGCUCACUUUUAGCUAAACAGAACAAGCCCAAGAGUGGGCGGAGUUUACUUGGAGGUCCUGCAGCCCUCAGCCCACUAACGCCAAGCUUUGGCAUCCUGCCCUUGGAUCCCAGCCCAGGAGACCCCACAUAUCUACAGAACUAUUCAUCCACUAUGGAAACACAAACUACAGCCCCCAGCAAGAAGGCUGUUUCCAGGAUCAGUCAGUCCAAGUCUGUCUUCAGUCAGAGCGGUAACAGCAGAGACGUUCUCCCCAUCCCCUUCAACCAAUCGCAGACCUCUGCACCUCACAGCAGUGGCUCUCCUCAGGUCCUCAGUCCCAGCAUGUCGGGGCCGCCAAAUGUUCAGCCCAGAAGAAGCUCCAGAUUGUUUACAAGCGCCAGCUCUACUGCCAAGGAGAACAGUAAGAAGCUGAAGAUGAAGUUCCCGACAAAGAUCCCGAACAGGAAGACGAAGUGUAAAUCGGCGAAGACGUCCAACAGCACCAACCUGAACGAGAGCCUGGACAUCCUGAGACUGGAUCCCAGCCUGAGUCUACCUGAGACAAAGAUCCCACAGUACCAGAGGGCCGCCGCAGACAGCAUAAUGGCGUUGCUACGGGAACUGGGACGGGGCUACCUGGCGCUGUGCUCGUACAAUUGUAGAGAAGCCAUAAACAUCCUGACCUCGCUGCCCCCCCAGCACUACAACACCGGCUGGGUCCUCACGCACAUCGGCAAGGGCUACUUCGAGCUGGCCGAGUACACACAGGCGGAGCGUAUGUUCAGCGAGGUGCGCAGGAUCGAGUCGUACAGAGUGGAGGGGAUGGAGAUUUACUCGACCACGCUGUGGCACCUGCAGAAAGACGUCGCCCUGUCGGCGCUGUCCAAAGACCUGACCGACAUGGACAAGAACUGUCCCGAGGCCUGGUGUGUAGCAGGAAACUGUUUCAGCCUGCAGAGAGAGCACGACAUCGCCAUCAAGUUCUUCCAGAGAGCCAUCCAGGUGGACCCGGGCUUCGCGUAUGCGUACACUCUGCUGGGUCACGAGUUCGUUCUGACAGAGGAGCUGGACCGAGCGCUCGCCUGCUUCAGGAACGCCAUAAGAGUCAACAACAGACACUACAAUGCCUGGUAUGGUCUGGGAAUGAUUUACUACAAACAGGAGAAGUUUAACUUGGCUGAGAUCCACUUUAAGAAAGCCCUGAGCAUCAACCCUCAGAGCUCCGUGCUGCUCUGCCACAUUGGAGUGGUGCAGCAUGCUCUGAAGAAGUCUGAUGCAGCCUUAGAAACAUUGAACCGAGCGAUCGGUAUCGACCCCAAAAACCCACUCUGCAAGUUCCACAGAGCCUCCAUCCUGUUCGCCAACGACAAGUACAAGGCGGCUCUGCAGGAAUUGGAGGAGCUGAAGCAGAUUGUUCCUAAAGAGUCGCUGGUUUACUUCCUCAUUGGAAAGGUGUAUAAGAAGCUGGGGCAGACUCACCUGGCUCUGAUGAACUUCAGCUGGGCGAUGGACCUGGACCCUAAAGGAGCCAACAACCAGAUCAAGGAAGCCAUCGACAAGAGAUACCUGCCUGAGGACGAAGCAGCCGAGGUGGACGACAGUCAGGACAGCAGCAUCAUGACGGACGCCGACGACACGCAGCUCCACACCGCCGAGAGUGAUGACGUUCUUUAACCACGCCCUUUGGCUCCGCCCCAACCCUGGCUUGAGCCAGUCCCUCCCCUGUUUUGAUUGGCCAGAGGCGUACUGUUCCUAGGCAAUGACAGACCUUCAGUUUAGCUCCGCCUCUCUCCCCAUCCUCCUGUUGGCUGAAACGGACUGCUGGUGCCCUGAAACCCCGCCCCCUGACACUUCCUUCCUGUCAUGUCAUCACAGCUGGGUUUUCUUUUUGUUUUGUUUUUAAUAUUUUUCUUUUGUUUUG